CUCCAAAAGUAAGCAUGGAAUCUUUAAUUCUUGGGAAAAGGAGAUUCCAAUAUCAAAGAAAAUAAAAAAGAAAGAAAGAAAAAGAAACAAACGUGAAUGAACAUUUCACAAACUCAUCAAUCAGAAAAAAAGUGAAGGGUAAGUGGAGUAAAGAUGGGUUAAGAUGCUCAACUCAAAACCCACAGUUUCUUUUAGUGAAAUCAUAGGCCUAAAAAUAAAAGAUCAAAAGAAUCAGUUUUGCCUUGCUGAUCUUCAAUGGCUUUAUUUACACAGCUAAUCCUGACACUGUAUCUCCACUUUAUAUCCUCUGUUGUGUCCCAAGUUACAGAGUUUACCAGUUUAGAUUGUGGAAGCACAAGUAACUACACUGAUCCUAGUACUGGACUAGGAUGGAGUUCAGAUAUCGAUAUCAUGAAACAUGGAAAACUAAUACAAGUGAAAAAUCCCAAUGGAAACUGGAUGCAGUAUCGAACUCGAAGAGACUUUCCUUCAGACAACAAGAAGUACUGUUACAACUUGAGUACCAAGGAGAGAAGGCGGUACCUAGUUCGUGCAACAUUUCAGUAUGGCAGCCCUGAAAAUGAAGAUGCAUAUCCAAAAUUUGGGCUCUAUCUAGAUGCGACUGAGUGGGCAACUGUCAUAAUUCAGGAUGCCUCCAGAAUAUAUGUGAAUGAAAUGAUCAUCAGGGCACCCUCAGAUUCUAUUGAUGUUUGCAUAUGCUGUGCAACAACUGGUUCUCCUUUUAUAUCUACUCUUGAGCUCCGGCCCUUGAAUCUUUCUAUGUAUGCCACAGAUUAUGAGGAUAAUUUCUUCUUAAACGUUGCAGCUAGAGUGAACUUUGGUGCUUUAACUAAGGACGUAGUCAGGUACCCAGAUGAUCCUUACGACAGAAUUUGGGAAUCUGAUCUUGAUAGGAGACAAAAUUUUCUUGUAGGAGUGGCCCCUGGAACAGAAAGAAUCAGGACAUCAAAGAACAUUGACAUAAUGACUAGAGAAUAUCCACCUGUUAAAGUAAUGCAAACGGCAGUUGUUGGCACUAAAGGAGAGCUCAGCUACAGAUUGAACCUGGAAGGUUUCCCUGCCAACGCUCGAGCCUAUGCAUACUUUGCUGAAAUUGAAGACUUGGCUCCAAAUGAAACCCGGAAAUUCAGACUGCAAGAGCCUUACAUUCCUGACUAUAGCAAUGCUGUAGUAAACAUAGUUGAGAAUGCCAAUGGGAGCUGCACUCUUUACGAACCCAGCUACAUGAACGUUUCCCUGGAUUUCGUUCUGUCAUUCUCCUUUACCAAGACCAACGAUUCUACUAGAGGACCCCUCCUUAAUGCAAUUGAGAUAAGUAAAUACCAGCAGAUUGCUGCGAAGACUGACAGGCGAGAUGUGACCGCUCUCAAUGCCCUUCGCUCUAUGUCUGCUGAAAGCGUUUGGGCGAAUGAAGGAGGUGAUCCUUGUGUUCCAGCUCAUUGGGAAUGGGUAAUUUGCAGCUCAACAGCGCCACCAAGAAUAACAAAAAUUGCACUCUCGGGACAGAAUGUGAAGGGGCAAAUUCCCUCUGAGUUUAAUCACAUGGAUGAAUUGACUGAGUUGUGGUUGGACUCCAACUCCUUAACAGGGCCACUCCCUGAUAUGAGUAACUUUAUCAAUCUAAAAAUUGUACAUCUAGAGAACAAUAAACUUACUGGUCAACUACCUUCCUACCUUGGUCGAUUGCCUAACUUGCAAGAAUUGUACAUACAGAACAACUCUUUUUCUGGGGAAAUACCCCAAGCAUUGUUAAACAGGAAAAUAACUUUCAACUAUGAAGGUAAUGCUGGACUACGUAACGAGGCACAGAGAAAAAUGCGUCUUAAGUUGAUACUGGGAACCUCGAUUGGAGUGCUUGCAGUUCUACUAGUUCUUUUCUUGGGAAGUUUAGUAUUGUUCCGUAAUCUUCGAAGGAAGAUGUCUCACCAGAAAUGUGAUGAAAAUGGUCAUGCCUUGCACUCUAGAGCCAAACCCUCAACAACCUAUUCAAUUGCCCGGGGGCAUUUACUGGACGAAGGUGUAGCAUACUAUAUCCCAUUGUCCGAGCUGGAAGAAGCAACUAACAAUUUCAGCAAAAAGAUCGGCAAAGGAAGUUUUGGAUCUGUCUACUAUGGCAAAAUGAAAGAUGGAAAAGAGGUAGCAGUCAAGACAAUGGGCGAUUCGUCUAGCCAUUUGAAUAAGCAAUUUGUGACUGAGGUUGCCCUCUUGUCAAGAAUCCAUCACAGAAACUUGGUUCCUCUAAUCGGAUACUGUGAAGAAGCACAUCAGCGGAUAUUAGUUUACGAAUAUAUGCACAAUGGAACCUUGCGGGAUCACAUCCAUGGUUCAAUCAACCAGAAGCAAUUGGACUGGCUUGCUCGUUUACAAAUUGCAGAGGACGCAGCCAAAGGCCUCGAGUAUUUGCACACUGGCUGCAGUCCUAGUAUCAUUCAUCGAGAUGUAAAAACAAGCAACAUCCUUCUAGACAUUAAUAUGAGAGCAAAAGUGUCAGAUUUCGGACUUUCAAGGCAAGCUGAAGAAGAUUUAACCCAUGUAUCAAGUGUUGCACGAGGAACAGUUGGCUACCUUGAUCCAGAGUACUAUGCAAGUCAACAAUUGACUGAAAAGAGUGAUGUUUACAGUUUUGGAGUUGUUCUUCUGGAACUGAUCUCUGGAAAGAAGCCAGUAUCAGUGGAAGAUUUUGGUGCGGAAUUGAACAUUGUACACUGGGCAAGAUCCUUAAUAAAUAAAGGCGAUGUGAUUAGCGUUGUAGAUCCUUUUCUGGUAGGGAAUGUAAAAAUUGAGUCUAUUUGGAGGAUUGCUGAAGUAGCUAUCCAGUGUGUUGAACAACAUGGAUACUCCCGCCCUAAGAUGCAGGAAAUAAUAUUGGCUAUUCAAGAUGCAAUCAAGAUAGAAAAAGGGAACGAAGGGAAUAAAAAAUUAGCUUCUGGUGGUUCCAGGGGGCAAUCUUCCAGGAAAACAUUACUUGCAAGCUUUCUUGAAAUUGAGAGCCCUGACCUGUCCAACGGCUGCCUAGUCCCAUCUGCUAGAUAAUUUUGUAGCAACACCUGCUGAUCUUUUGAGUAUCAUGAUAUCACUGCAAUUUAUUGGAUACUUGGCAUGUAUAUUUGGAAUGCAGCAACUACGGUAACACAGGCUUACCGCUUUUAGGAAAUAUAGUCUUUUACACUGCCUAUGCAAUACAAGAUAGAAACAGAAAGAGUGUUGUUUUCGGAAAUUUGUAGUCCAACUCCAACUUUCUAGACCAAACAAAACACAUGUGAAAUUAUGGCAGUCAGAUAUGCAAAUGGGUGUAGCAUAUUGACCCAAAUAACAGCAUUUUUAUGGGAAAAUUCUAGAUGGGCAGAUCAUUGAUUUCAA